AUGACACGACAAUUUCAAGAACCCACCUUGUUCUCCAAUGUUGCUAAUACUUUCAUCAAUCAUAUGGUCUAUAUAAGCAUCUUUGUCUCAACUUUUGAUCCAAGCUUUGGUGUGAGACUUUGUCGAAUGCAGUUACCAAUUCAACAUGACAUUUUCAAUCAUCAGUGUAGCCACUGUUGUUAUAAUGUAGUGGGUACACCAUUCAUUUUUCUAGCUGAUGGACUUCCAUCAAGAGGAUUAGUGCAAAGAAUGGCCUGUGAUGGAGGUGAGCAUUUGUCUUUGCCUGCGGGGGCAACGACACUCGAAAGAUUUAUGGUUGAAGAUGAACAGGAGGAUCCAUGUGCCAUAUGCAUCAAGGAUUUCAACUCUGGUGAUAAUGCAGCAAGGUUGCCUUGCUCUCAUGUCUUCCACCCUGAUUGUAUUUUGCAAUGGGAGAAACAAAAUGCCGAGAAAAAGAAAAGCCAGAACAUAGAUCAUAGAGAGAGUAGAAACGAGAGUAGGGGCAAAUAA